UUUUGUUGUUGUAUUACAGUAUCAAAUAUAACUAGCUCUAAGUUAGUCUUAAACUCUAAUUGAUAAUGGCUGUUGCAACAAAUGAGUUAGAUCCCAUGUUUGUGAAAGCACUCGAUUAUUUGUGGUCGAAAAGCCCAGAUUCAACGGCAAAAUUGAAACGAAUGCUCGAUGAUGCCAUUGAGCAAAGUUUAAAAAAGAAACAAGACGUUAAAUCAAAUAUAGACAAAUCGUUAAAUGUGAAAACUGGGAAACAUUCAGCGAAAAUUGUAAAAACACACGACACAAAGAAGAAGGAAAAAGAUUCAGCCCAGAAACGACAAUUUGAAAAAAUACAAAAAGAUUUGUUAGAACUUGAUCAAGAGGUCUCGAAAAAGUCUCGUCUCGAUAACCAGUCACCAGCAUUUUUAUCGAACGACAAAUUUAGAAGUGGGAACGAGUCGAAACGGUCACCUUUGGCAUCAGAUGAUAAAGAUUAUGCCAUUGAGAUGGACGAGCUUGCAUGCGUCGUUUGUAAAGGCUUCUCUAAUGAUAAAGGAAAUACGAUUGAAUGCCAGGAAUGCCAUAACUGGUAUCAUCGCGAUUGCCAUCAGCCACCGAUAAGUGAAGACGCAAAUGAUCCUCGUUGUUUAUGGAAUUGCUCAGUUUGUACGAAGAAAGUUGCAAAACAGAUUAGUUCGAAGCCUUCUACUGUCGCCAGACCUAAUCUGGUUCGAGAUAAUUCUUUCGAACCAAAAAAUAAAUCAGCUUUUGUAACGCCUUUCAAGCGGAAUGAAAUAAAAUCGACUUUACAGUCAUCUGGAAAUGGAUCAGUUGGGGGGUCGUUAUCUGGAUGGGCUGCUUUGAGUGGAAAAACAAUUCCCCAACCAUCAGCGACAACAAAACAAGUAAAACCUACUACAUCUGGGGUUCUACCUUCUAAAGAAAAGCGUGAUAAAUCUACUAAAAUGCCAAAAGUUGGGCCCAAACUUGCUGUAUCGGAUGCAUUUGCCGAAGCUCUUGGAGCUGAUUUACCGACAGGAAUGGCGAGUUCGUCAAAAUCAAGUUCACAUAAGUCAAAUCCAUCGUCAUGGAUUUCUACUUCUAAAUCUUCAAUGUUUCCUAAAGCGGCGGCAACCACAAGUCUCGCCAGUGCAGAGAAAAGAUUUCAAAGUAUGAAGAAAAAGGCGAAGUUAAAUUCAAAGAAAUCGAAGAUAUGAUUUAUUAUUUAUGACUUUGCAGUAUUGCAGUAAUGACUCAGCAGUUAACUUAACUGACUAAAGCUCUAUAAUUCAAUAUAGCAUCAAUAGCCAUCGGCCCUUGGUGGUCGAUCAUAAAUUUGCUCAGAUAUUUGUCUUCUCUAUUUCUGAGUGAGUAUGUGUGAACUUGGUUUGAGUCAUUUUCCUUAUAAAUAUUUUUUAAAAAAUGCUCAGUGCUGGAUUCCUAUUUCAUAACACAGUGGUUUAUAUAACGAUUGCAAUACGAAGUGGUAAAUAAAAAUGUUUUAGGUUUUUAAUUUUCAAUGAAUUAUUGAACCAGUGGUCAUUAAAAUUAAUAAUUCAAAAAAGCUGUCUUUGAAAAACUAAUCUAAAAACUAUUCCUAAUUUUUGAUUUCUUUGUGUACAGAUAUUUGUUAUGAGUUCAAAAUUAUGUAAUAUUGUAUCAAUUUGUCAAGUUGAACUUUUAAACCAUGGUUAAAUCACAGUCAUACAGAUUUCCUAGGACCUAUUGUAGCAUUUGUAGGUUCAAUAAAAGUUUCGGGCACAUUUCAAAAACCAUCAGAAACCACUCGACAUUUUAAUGUACUUUUGUCAUUAAAUUUCAAAUGCCUAAUUUUCUAAAUACUGUCAAUUUUUCUGCUUUUUCCAG